CCUCCCCCCUCGACAAGUUGUCCGGCGAGAGCAAGCCAGCGUUUUUUUUUUUUUUGUUUUGUUUUGUUUUGGGGUUUUUUUUUUCUGUGCGUGUGCGUGUGCGCGCGCGCGCCUCCUUUCCGCCCCAGCUCAAUUUUUUUUUUGGGUCGACUCCUGGAAAUGUCCGAAAACAAGCCGAAUGACGAGCCCAAGUUAUCGACCACGGACAGGGUGGUGAAAUCCGUCCCCUUCCCGCCCAGCCAUCGACUGACGGCCAAAGAGGUGUUUGACGGCGAGGGCAAGCCCAAAGUCGACGUGCUGAAGGCCCACCUGACCAAGGAGGGCCGCGUGGAGGAGGCGGUGGCGCUGAGGCUCGUCGGAGAGGGCGCCGCCAUCCUGCGCUCGGAGAAGAACCUGCUGGACAUCGAGGCCCCGGUGACGGUGUGCGGCGACAUCCACGGGCAGUUCUUCGACCUGAUGAAGCUCUUCGAAGUGGGAGGCUCGCCGGCGUCCACUCGCUACCUUUUCCUCGGGGACUACGUCGACAGAGGGUAUUUCAGUAUUGAAUGUGUGCUGUACUUGUGGGCCUUAAAGAUCCUCUACCCCAAAACUCUUUUUUUGCUGCGCGGGAACCACGAAUGUAGACAUUUAACCGAGUAUUUCACUUUUAAGCAGGAAUGUAGAAUUAAGUAUUCCGAGAGGGUGUACAACGCGUGUAUGGACGCCUUCGACUGCCUUCCCCUGGCUGCGCUGAUGAACCAGCAGUUCCUCUGCGUACACGGAGGACUUUCUCCAGAAAUCACAAAUCUGGACGACAUCAGGAAGCUAGACCGGUUCAAAGAGCCUCCGGCGUACGGACCCAUGUGCGAUCUGCUGUGGUCCGACCCGCUGGAGGACUUUGGGAACGAGAAGAGCCAGGAGCAUUUCACGCAUAACACAGUGCGAGGCUGCUCCUACUUCUACAGCUACCCCGCCGUUUGCGACUUCCUCCAUCACAAUAAUUUAUUAUCCAUCAUCCGGGCCCAUGAAGCGCAGGAUGCCGGAUAUCGCAUGUACAGAAAGAGUCAGACCACUGGGUUCCCGUCCCUGAUCACCAUCUUCUCCGCACCCAACUACCUUGAUGUGUACAACAACAAAGAUGCAAAUAAGAAGCUACGGCAUGUGGACCCCACGUGGCCCGCUGAGAAUCCAACUCUGAUUAUCACAAUACCCGGCCGUGCUGAAGUACGAAAACAACGUGAUGAACAUCCGACAGUUCAACUGCUCGCCUCACCCUUACUGGCUCCCCAACUUCAUGGACGUCUUCACCUGGUCGCUGCCCUUCGUCGGCGAGAAGGUGACGGAAAUGCUGGUGAACGUCUUGAGCAUCUGCUCCAACGACGAGCUGACGACCGACGACGAGCUGGACGGUGCCACGGCUUCUGCGCGCAAGGAAGUCAUCCGCAACAAGAUCCGUGCCAUUGGGAAGAUGGCCCGGGUAUUCUCUGUGCUCAGGGAGGAGAGCGAGAGCGUGUUGACGCUGAAGGGCCUGACCCCGACGGGGAUGCUACCCAGCGGCGUCCUCUCCGGAGGGAAGGAGAAGCUGCAGAACGCCAUCAAGGGCUUCUCGCCCCAGCACAAGAUCACCAGCUUCGAGGAGGCCAAGGGUCUGGACCGCAUCAACGAGCGGAUGCCCCCGCGGCGGGACGCGCCCCCCUCGGACGCCAGCCUCAACUCCCUCAACAAGACGCUGUCCUCGGAGACCAACGGCACGGACGGCAAAGGCGGCACCAGCGGCGGCGGCCAGUAGAUGGGGGAGUGGCGGGGGGGGGGGCGGUGUCAUGUCACUUGCUAGUCUAUGAAUAUGCCUUCAGAUUAUUGCUAAAUUAUUUUGCUCAAAGCGCUGGGCGGUUGGACGAAAGAGAGCGAGCCAAAGAGGAUGGCUAGUUUGGGCUUUUCUUUUUCCUUCUUCUUCUUCUUCUUGGAAGAGCCUCGCUUAUUUACCUUCUUACUAACUGUUGUACGUUUACAAAAAAAACACAGCACUAAAAAGGACAGAACAUGAGAUGCCGUUUUUUUUUUUUAAUGUAAGGGUGUACAAACUAAGAACUAUUUAUUAAUAUUUUUUUUUUGCUCCUCUUAUAGAAUAGCUCUGAAAUAAAUUAGGCAGUCUUAAAAAGAAUGUUGUGGAAAUGCCAAAUAAUGGAACGUUUUAUGGUUUUGUACAUAUUACGCUUACCUCAGGUUCUUUUGGUGUGCUUUGACCCGAUUUAUUAUUUUUUUUCCUUCUGUAUAAUGGCUCAACUCGAUAGUGAUGACCUAUUUUCUCGAGUUUCAUAACUGGAAUUUACAUUUACCUAUCAUUUGCUGAUAUGUUUUAUUUGUUUGUCUCUGGGUUUUUUUUGGGGGGGGAGAGAAAGUUAGAUUUAUUCAGGCUUGCUGGAAAUGAGUGUUUUCAUUUUCUCUCUCUCUCUCUCUCUCUUUUUUUUAAGUAUUACGAACAAAAUAAGAAGAGAAAAACUAUAUUGUGUGAAAAGAAACAAAAGAAUAAAGCGUCUGCCUAUGCAUGUUUUAUAAAAGUCAAGGAACUGAAACAGAAAAUCUGAAUGAUAAAUAUUUGAACUAUAUUGCUCUUGAUUGAAGAUACGCACUACUGGAAAUAUUUAGCUGGAUUUUUUUGAUCUCUCCCCCCACCCCCCCCCAAGGCGGUCCACCUUCUUUUCGAAGAUGACGACCACUCCCCCCCCCCUUUUUUUUUUUUUUUCAAAAAACGGCGCUUGUACGUGCAGCACACAGUCCACUUGAGCAUGUUUGGCAAUCCUUGUGAGGUGUGUGCGGUUACCACGUGGAGCUCAAAAAUGCAUGAUUCGCUGUUCCUGUCAUGUAAGUGGGCCGGGGGGGUUGCUUUUGUUCAGUUUUCUAAAUGUGCCACAGAAAUUGUCAUUUGGUUCUUCUGUUCUCGCGAUUAUUGCUAUAAUUUGGAACUCUUGCUUUGUAAAUCACUCACAGGUUUGAUACAGCUCAAUAACUUUCAACGAAAACUGUUUUUUUUUUUUGGGGGGGGGUGCAGAAAUUGCUUAAGUGCCCGAGUAAUUCACUACACAACAUGAAGCCUUGCUUUCUUUUUUCUUUCGUCAUUGAACUUCAAAACUGUUGGCAGAUGAGGCAUGCACUUGCAACUCUGAAAAACUCGUAUUUUAUAUCACUGUUCAAUAAAACUGUGCAUGAAUUUCA